AUGAAGUUCACUGCUGUUCUUGUCGCCUCGACCGCUACGCUCGCUUCAGCGAAACCUCAGUAUGGUGCCGCGGCUGUAGACCCCCAUGCUUGGAUGCCUGCCUCUUCCAAUGACUUCCGAGGCCCAUGCCCAAUGCUCAACACCCUAGCGAACCACGGUUUCCUUCCACGCGAUGGCCGCAACUUCACCCAGGAGAACGUCGUCAAGGGUCUGAAGGAUGGCUUGAACUUCAAUGCCUCCCUUGGUGCACUCAUGUGGCAGCAAGCCAUCAUCGCCAACCCAGAACCGAACGCUACUUUCUUUACUCUGGAGCAGCUCAACGUCCACAACGUCCUUGAGCACGAUGCCAGUCUUACGCGUACCGACGCCGCCUUUGGUAACAACCAUAUCUUCAAUGAGACCGUGUACAACACGUCAAGGAAGUGGUGGACAGAGGAGAUUGUGACGCCUAAGAUGCUGGCCAACUCCAAGAUUUUCCGCCAGUUGGAGAGCCGAGCGACGAACCCGAACUACACAUUCACUGCUUCGACUGAAGAAUUCAGUCUCGGUGAGGUCUCGGCACCUAUCAUCGCCUUUGGUUCUCUGGAGGAUGGUACCGUCAACCGCACGUUGAUUGAGUACUUCUUUGAGAAUGAACGUCUUCCAAACGAGCUGGGUUGGACCAAGAAGACCGAUGAGAUCACCCUGAUGAAGAUUAUGGCCACGACAAGCAUCAUCCGCAACGCGACCAGCCUGCUCACUGGUGGGAAUACUGUCGAGGAUUCUCCUCACGGCAAACGCGACCUCCACGGUGGGUUGUUUUAG